AAACAAUUUUUCUAUCUGUAUGUAAAACGAUCCUUGAAUAUUUAUUAACUCUAAUAAAAAUGCAAACCCAGAGGGAGUCACCUGUCCAGUGAAUACUGAAUACUUUGAAAGUUUUGAGGUUAUAUCUAAUUUCUGCAAGGACAACAUUCGUCGCGUUAUCGUGAUAGAGUAAUAUUCGCGUAAAAUACUGUCCCAUUCAUCGAACCAGAGAUAGAGCUGUUGCGUUAAUUAUGUGAGCAGUGAAAGCUCGCGGGUUAAUUCUAUGUCGAUGUCAUGUCGGCUCCAAAUAACGUUGAAACAAUGCGGGCGCACAGGUUGGCCUAUCUGGCCGUCUGACAAAUAUGAAUUUGUGACAUAAUCUCGUAAUUUUUGUAAUCGAACAUGGUCAAAGAAAAACCAAAUUCAAUCCGUAUUUACGAUUCGGAAGGGUAUAGACGUAGAGCAGCAUGUAUCUGCGUCAAAAACGAUCUUGAAGAUGAGGUACUUUUGGUUACAUCGAGUAGAAGACCGGACAGUUGGAUAGUACCCGGUGGAGGUGUCGAGCCGGAGGAGGAACCUGCCGUGACUGCACUGCGAGAAGUCAGAGAGGAAGCUGGAGUUUUGGGACAGUUGGGUCGGUGUCUAGGCAUAUUCGAGAAUGUAGAACACAAACAUAGAACACAAGUGUGGGUUAUGCGGGUAACCGAAGAGCUACCAGAAUGGGAAGAUUCACGUGCUAUCGGUCGAAAGCGAAAGUGGUUCUCUAUACCAGAGGCCUUGCUUCAGCUUGCUCAGCACAAACCCGUCCAGCGUUCUUAUAUACACAGCCUCCACAAUACUAAUCCUCGAAACAAUCCCAAUAUCUCGCCACCUCACCAUUCGCAUACCACUGUGACAUCCAUUCAAUUAAUGAAUAAUUCUAGUAACAAUCCCCAUCUUAACAAACACAGCUAAUAUUAAAUACCAUCCAUUUGCGUGAACAAUUGCCAUCGAAUGUUGAAUAUUCGUUGCUGCUCCUUUUCCUUUCUUCGAUUACAGUGGCCGCUGCAAUUGUAUUUUGUACGUAAAAGGACACAAAGCAUGUAUCUUCUCCUUUUCUCUGGUUUUCUUUCCCUCUUCUGUUAUUAGCGGCAAAAUUUCUACGGAUCAUGUUACUACGAUUACUAUUACUAUUACAUGAUUAUUACUACUAUUACUAAUUACUAUGCCAUUAAUAUUGCUACUCUACUAUUACUACUACUAUUAUUACCACCAACACUGUUAUUACUAUUAUCACAAUUGCUAUCGUUAUCUUCGUCAUUGUCAUUACUGUUACAUUUGUUUGUAUAAAUUACUUAAUAAACUGGUCCACGGAGGAGCAGUUUUUCCAGCUUGA